GGGGAGGGGAGACGGCUGAGGGCAGCGCGGCCAGCUCUGGGCCAGGGGGUCCAAAGUGCUCGGCCCCAGGGCACAGCCGGACGUUUGGGGCCUUCUUUCGGCAGGGGACAGCCUGACUGGGGACAAUGGCAUCUCUCAGCCACAUCUUGGUUCUUUGUGUGGGUCUCCUCGCCAUGGUCAACGCAGAAGCGCCACAGGAACACGACCCAUUCACCUAUGACUACCAAUCCCUGCGGAUCGGAGGCCUCAUUAUCGCCGGGAUCCUUUUCAUCCUGGGCAUACUCAUCAUCUUGAGCAGAAGAUGCCGGUGCAAAUUCAACCAGCAGCAGAGGACUGGGGAACCGGAUGAAGAGGAGGGAACUUUCCGCAGCUCAAUCCGCCUCCGUCCCGGUUCCAGCUGCUGCAGCCGCGCCUUCACCGCCUCGGCAUCCAGCCGACCCCUGCUCCGGCUUGGCAUGGCGACCCCGACCCAGGUCACCACAAAGGUUCCUCAGGAACCUGACCCAUUUUACUACGACUAUGACACUGUCCAGACCGUGGGCAUGACUCUGGCCACCAUAUUGUUCCUGCUGGGCAUCCUCAUCAUCAUCAGCAAGAAGAUGAAGUGCAGGAAGGCGGACUCCAGGUCUGAGAGCCCAACAUGCAAAUCCUGUAAGUCGGAGCUUCCCUCCUCAGCCCCUGGAGGUGGCGGCGUGUAGACCAGCCCUGGGCACCUCCACUACUGUCCCUGCCUGAUUGCGGGAGCCUGAGGACCAGGUGGAGGCGGUGGGGACCCCAGCCUUGCCCAGGAAGCGCUCCCCUGAAUGAGCCGUCCCACCUACUCCAAGGCUGGAGCCGCUGCACCUCCCCAGGCCUUGGCAAUUACGACCCCCCCAAAGAGCCCGUCUGCAUCCCAGACCCAGGGACUCAGGCCUGCAGCUCCUGGGGUCCCGGGAGCCCACCCUCAGCCCCCCACAAUCCCUGUGUGCUGCUCCCCGGCACCUCCCUGCUCCCCGCACCCUCAGCGUCUGUGUCUUGAGCUUAAUAAACGCGCAUUUGGUUUUCCCCUGU